GUCGAUGGUCUGUGCCAAAAAUUUUACGGAAAAUCAGGAUGUUAUAAAUCAUAUUAAUUUUACUCCGGAUGGAACACUUCUCGUAACUUCCUCAAAUGACGAUUCAAUUACUGUUUAUGAUUGUGCUAAUGGAACAAAACAGCGUUCAGUUAAUUCUAAGAAAUAUGGAGUUGAUUUGAUUCAUUUUGCACAUACUCAUAAUGAUGCUAUUCAUGCGUCUACUAAAGUUGAUAAUACCAUUCGCUAUCUUUCACUUUAUGACAACAAAUAUUUGCGUUACUUUCAAGGACAUACUAAAAAAGUUGUAACUCUUUGUAUGUCCCCUGUAGAUGAUAUGUUUCUUUCUGGUUCUCUGGAUAAAACUAUUCGUCUUUGGGAUUUGAAAAGUUCGAAUUGUCAGGGUUUAAUGCAACUUUCGUCUCGUCCAAUUGCUGCGUUUGAUCCAGAAGGUCUUAUUUUUGGUGCUGGAAUUGGUAACGAAGUUAUUAAACUUUAUGACCUGCGUUCUUUUGAUAAGGGUCCUUUCAACACCUUCAAUAUUGGAUGUAAAGAUACUGGUUAUGAAUGGACUGGAAUGAAAUUUUCCCCGGAUGGAAAGUCCAUUCUUAUAAUGACAAAUGGUCCAAUUAUGCGAAUGGUUGAUGCUUAUAAUGGAAAUCUAACUCAUACUCUUAGUAGGGAGAAUGAACAGAAGGCCAAUUUUGUUGCUACAUUUUCGCCGGAUGCUAAAUAUGUGUUUUGUGGAACUUCUAAAGGAGAAAUUAAUUGUUGGUCUGCUGAAUCUGGUCGUCUUGUUCAUACUCUCCAAACAGACCAUCCUAAUACAAUUGAACAAGUGACAUUUAAUCCCAAAUAUUUUAUGUUGGCAUCGGCUUGCAAACAAUUGAAAUUCUGGAUUCCAUCGGCGGAUGAGUAA